AUGUCUCCACGUGCCAUCCUUACGCUUUUGCUUUUUGCGAUAAUACUUCUGCACUCGGAUGCCUUCCCUUUCGCUGCUAUCAUUCCGAUUACAAGCGUCCUGAUUGGAUACCUAAGCAAAGACCACAUUGAAUGUUUAUUCCGUGAUUGCUGCUCGACAGGUGUCAACUUCAACCAAACUGCUUUGAACCAUUCUUUGAUAACUAAUCUCUACGGGCAGCACAUUGCAGCCGAGCGUGUUCUCUAUCAUAUCUCAGCUCAUUUUCGAGAUCCGCAACCUCAAAAACCUUUGGCCCUGUCAUUUCACGGUUAUACGGGCGUUGGAAAAAACUUUGUCUCUAAUCUGAUUGCAACCAGCGUAUUCAAGAAGGGAUCAAAAAGUCGAUUUUUUCAUUUUUACGACGCCACCAUCGAUUUCGCUCAUCGAUCCAAGAUCGACGAAUAUAAGGUAAAUGAAAAUAUAUUGCCAUAUUUGGUCCUUUUUAUGGUUAAAGAAAUGAACGCCCUUCUUGGAAUGUUUGAUUUAUUUAGUACUCAAACCGAAAUCGCUCGUGACACAUCAUUGUAUUAUUAUUAUUAUUAUUAUUAUUAUUAUUAUUAUUAUUAUUAUUAUAUUUCACACGUGUCUAAGGACAGACUAUGUGCCAAACAAAUCCCCAUGAAAAGGAAGAAAACGUUCCAUGGUUGGCUUGUGGGCUGA